CUGGGGGUUGUAGUUUGGGCGCCUCACCGCCCCGGCGCUGAAGAUGUGGGCAAGCUGGAAGGGCUCCUUCGCGAAAGUCGUUGGCCGAGGGGGGAGGAGGGGGCGCGCGGGGGGCGCAACAGCCGCUCCUCAGGGAAGGUCACUUUCGCGCGUCCCCCGCGACCUGUGAGGGCGGGCGACGGCGGCAGCGGUCCGGAGACAAACAAGAGAGGCGGAGCUGCGCUGGGCCCCACCCGGGUGCCGGUGGCGGCUCUCGGCUCGCGUCUGCCGAGCGCGGAGCGAGGAGUCUUCGUGGGGACGCAGCCCCGGCUCCCCUCUUCCCCGCAGCGGAGGCGGCUCCAUGCUGCCGGCGGCUCCGUCGCGCCCCUCAGCCAGAGGCCGGACAAGGAGGCGGCGGCCGCCCGGGGGGCCUCCUGAGAGCGCCCUGAGGCCGCCGCCCGAGGCCUGAGAGAGACCCCCGCCUGGAGUCGCGCGAGGGGAGAAUGGCGAACCAGCUGGUGAUCCUCAACGUCUACGACAUGUACUGGAUGAAUGAAUACACUUCCUCUCUCGGAAUUGGAGUAUUCCAUUCAGGAAUAGAGAUAUAUGGCAGAGAAUUUGCUUAUGGUGGCCAUCCAUACCCUUUUUCUGGAAUAUUUGAAAUUUCUCCAGGAAAUGCAUCUGACUUGGGAGAAACAUUUAAAUUCAAAGAAGCUGUUGUUCUUGGAAGUACUGACUUCAUGGAGGAGGAUAUAGAAAAAAUUAUAGAAGAACUUGGAAAAGACUUUAAAGGAAAUGCCUAUCACUUAAUGCACAAAAACUGCAAUCACUUUUCUUCAGCUUUUUCAGAGAUUCUCUGUGGAAAAGAAAUUCCUCGUUGGGUGAAUCGCCUUGCCUAUUUCAGUUCCUGUAUCCCCUUUCUCCAAAGUUGCCUACCAAAAGAAUGGCUUACACCUGCAGCUCUUCAGUCAAGUGUAAGCCAAGAGCUUCAGGAAGAACUGGAAGAAGCAGAAGAUGCAGCAGCAGCAGCUUCCUUGCCAAAGUCAGCAUCAGGGGCAAGAACUGGACAUCAUGCUAAAAUAUAGGUUUAGUCCAAAGUUCCAUUACACUGAAGCCUUUGGAAGCCUUGUCAGUAACUGACUUCAUUACAGAACUUCAGAGUGGCCAUUUUAA